GUGACAGUGGCGUACUUGGACUCGGUCGGAGAGGUUGGAGACGGUUUGGAGCAUGAACCAAACAGGAACAGCAGAGCCAGGAGCUGAGACAGAGAGCGAGGUUAGAGUGCUGACAGAAGUGUUUACAGGUGGAGUUGUACAGGUGGCGUCUGCUUAUAUGUAGAGAGGUGGAGAUCUGGUUAAGCGCUCUCAGCUGCUCCUGCACCAGCCAAUGAUUACAGCGAUAGGGAACACCUGUUGUCAGUCAUGCCACUGGAUGUCACUGGAUGGAUAGGAAGAAGAGAGGGAGAGAGCAGGGACAACAAAACUAACCAGGCCCAGCAGCUGCUGGCCUGACAGUGUGUUUACAUUCUGUAUGACCUGAUUUUUGCAAGUCAGGUUUAUUUUAUUGUGAAUUAGAACAGAAUCUUCCAAGCAAGCAAGGUGACCCACGAAAAAACAAUAUCUGAGUAAUAAUAAUAGAUUACAUUUAUAUAGCGCUUUUUUGGCCACUCAAAGCACUUCACAAUGGAUCCAUUAUUCAUUCACUCACACAUUCUCACUCUGGUGGUGGCAAGCUACAUUUGUAGCCACAGCUGCCCUGGGGCAGACUGACGCAAGCGUGGCUUCGGCCCCUCCGACCACCACCAACAUUCACACGCAUUCAUAUACCAGUGUGAGAGCAGCACUGGAGACAAGGCGGGUAAAGUGUCUUGCCCAAGGACACAACAGCACAUGACCUGACAAAAGCGGGAAUCGAACUGCCAACCCUUCGAUCAUUGGACGACCUGCUCUACCACCUGAAAGUUUUCUUUCACUUCACUUGUUAAGCAGCAAGGCUUGUGUGGGUGCAUGCGUGUGUGUUUGUAUCUUAAACAACUGUAAUGUUAUUUGGGUAUUUCUGUGUUUUGUAUUUGUAAACCACUUCCUGAGUGUCAAUGCAUUGUGGGUUCAUGUUGUCUGCUUUCUGUUCCUGCAGAGCAGCCCAGAGUAGACAAACAUCCUCUCUCUCUUCCUCUCUCUCUCACAAAAAUACAUUUUAAUAUUCCCUUUUUGACCAUAAAAUAUGAAUGAAACAAGCUUUUUCUCACACUUGAGUGACUCAUGGUUCUUAAAGCAGCUGGCAGACUCCGUCAAAGAGACAAAUCUUUCUACAAAUUUUGUGUUUUCACACACAGCAGGAAAUCAUUACAAGGGCGGCUGCUUGUUUUGCUUUUUUUUAUCUGGUGUCUGUCCAGCUAUUGGUUGGUUUUUGGCCAAUCACAUUGACUGAGGACACCCUCUGUGGAAUGCUUUUGGACUGACAGAAAAGGCAGAGCUUAAAGCUUUCAUUGUUCAGUCAAAGUGUUGCGUCUCUUUCUUCAUUAACUGCCCUUCUGACUUUGAAUAAGCGCAUCUAACUGAAGGCUCAGCAGCAGAUUCUCCUCCCCCUGCAGUUUUCAUUCUGUGCAGCCAUCAUGAAAAUUGCAUCUUUCAACAUUCAGAAGUUUGGACGGAACAAAGUGUCAGACCCAGAUGUUCUCAAUAUCUUAGUUAAGAUAGUGUCUCGAUAUGACAUCCUUGUGAUCCUGGAGGUUGUGGACGCCAGCGGAGCAUCUGUUAAAACCUUAAUGGAUGCACUCAACAAUUCCAGCAGUAAACAUCACUACACUCUGAAAAUCAGCAGUCGCUUGGGUCGAACUCGCUACAAGGAGCAGUUCAUGUUCCUGUACAGGGAUGAUCUGGUAGACUUGGUGGGCUCCUAUCAGUUUGAUGAUCAGGUGACUGAGGGAGGAGACAUUUUCGCCAGAGAUCCCUACAUCCUGAGAUUCAGAUGCCUUAGUACAGUCCUGAAGGACCUGGUGAUGAUCCCAGUUCACACCAAACCAGAGGACUCAGACAAGGAGCUGGACGAACUUUACGAUGUCUUCCAGCAUGUCAAGAAGAAGUGGAGGACUGAUAACAUCAUGAUCCUGGGAGACUUCAAUGCAGACGGUUCCUACGUUACCAAGAGCGAUAUGAAGAACAUCCGUAUCCGUAGUGACAAGAACUUCCACUGGCUGAUUGGAGAUGAUGUCGACACCACAGCCAGCACUGGAAAUGACCACACAUACGACAGGAUAGUGAUCUACGGAGACGACAUGUUACAGGCUAUUGUACCAAGCUCUGCCAAACCCUUCAACUUCCAGGAGGCUUAUGGACUCAGUGAGGAGCAGGCCCUGAAAGUGAGUGAUCAUUAUCCUGUGGAGGUGGAGCUAAAGUCCAUAGCUGCAACAACAGAUGAAGAGAUUGAUCUGAGGAAGCCGAAGCCACAGCAGUUUCAGUCGCUGGGACUUGUGCUCAUGGACGGAGAUCUACUGGAGCUGAAAAAGGGAAACCUGCUGCUGGAGAGGGAGAAGCUCAGCCUGGAGAUCCAGAUCCUGCAGCUGAAGAUGGCCAAGAUGAACUGUAAUGAUGCAGUUUAAUCUGAAUAAAGUGCCAACCAAACAAUAUAUCUCUACCUUAACCCAUUAUCCACAGAACCACUAAUGACUGUAUCACUGUUACAAGCCAUGACAACAGUUAUUCUGGGUUUGGUGUACUGUACUGAACUAUCAAUCCUGGAUGGCUGCUCUUACUCAAUUUUCUGGAUGACUACAAAUAUGCUUCGCCAAUAUGAACUGAAAGAUACGGAGACUUUCCUGUUUUCACUUUAAAUUUCGACUGAAUCUAAGUAUUGAGUUAUCCAUCCUUUUCAUCCAUGCUACACAAAGGUAAAAUUAAUUGUGUGGGUUGUGUGUAAUUCUUGUCUAGAGUGUUGUUUUUAAAUGUAGAAGGCACAUUUCACAUUUUUGUAAUCAAUCACAGUUCUUCUCAGGAGGUAAAAAUCAUUUUAUUGCCCGUUUUCAAAUUUAAUCUUCUACUUGUGGAGCACUGAAUAAAUGUUCUUGUUAAUCUUCUGUCCUAACUGUAGGUGCACAGCUGUGCAGCAGAAUAAACAUAUUUGCAAUAAAGGUCAAA